GGAAAAUACAAGUACUUGUUUUUGUCUUGAAAAAUUGGUAUUUACAUCAAACUGUCAAAAGUAUUGUGAAAAUUGUUUCAUAUUUUUUAUUGGAUGUAGAUAUUGUUUAACAACAAAUAUUAUUUUUGGGGUUACAAAUCGAUCACAAUGCAAAAAAUGCAAAAGAGUAUCAAUUUUUGAUAUUACAAAGAUUAUUAGUAUUAACAGUGGAGAUAGUGUUUUAGAUAAUUUUCUUUUUAAUAUAAGAAAUAAUCAAUUGAAUCAAUUGAACAUAACUAAAUUCGUUUACGAUUUAAAAAGUAAUAAGUAUCUCAUUCCAUCCCAGAUAUAUACUAAAACUUUACGUACUAAAAUUAGAAGAAGAUUAAUAAGAUAUAUACCAUAUUCUCAACUUAUAAAUGUAAAAAAAAUAGAAGAAGGAGGAUUUAGCAUCAUAUAUCAAGCAACCUGGUUAGAUAGUCCAAACUAUAAUUCAAUUGUCAUUUUAAAAAGAUUUAAAAAUCUUCAAUAUGCUAAAAAAUAUUUUUUUAAAGAGCUGGAGUCGAAUCAUCGCUGUUAUAAAUUAGGUUGUACUGUUAAUGAAACUUUUGGUUUUACAAAAGAUCCCAAAUUGGACGAUUAUAUAUUAGUUAUGCAAUAUGCAUCAGAAGGAGAUUUACAUAAAUAUUUACAAAAGGAAUUUCCAGUAAUUGAUUGGAAACAAAAGAUAAGAAUUUUAAAUGAUAUUUCAUUAGGACUUUUUGCUGUCCAUGAUUCAAAUUUCAUACAUCGAGAUUUACAUAGUGGAAAUAUAUUGGUAAAUAAUUUAAAUAUUUAUAUUUGUUAUAAAAUAGGAGAUCUAGGAUUAUCACGAUCUGCAAACGAUACCUCAUUGGAUGAUGAAAUAUAUGGAGUAAUACCUUAUAUUGCACCAGAAAUAUUUAAAGGGUCGGCAUUUUCCAAAGAAUCUGAUAUUUAUAGUCUAGGUAUGAUUAUGUGGGAACUUACAACAGGUUGUAAACCUUUUGCUAAUGUUGAACAUGAUCAUAGUCUUAUUUUUAAUAUUAUUGAUGGUGUACGACCUGAAAUUACAAAAGAUACACCAGAAUGUUAUGCUAAUUUAAUGAAAAGUUGUUGGGAUUCUGAUCCCAAAAAAAGACCUUCUAUAUGUGAAAUUCGGAAUACUUGUAUUCCAUGGUAUAAAUAUUAUAAUCAGUUUAUUGAAAAUAAAUAUGGAUUCGAUUUCGUAGCUCAAUUUAGCCAAGCUGAAUUAAAAUGGAAAGAUUUAAUAGUCUCGAAGAAGCUUGGUCCCGAGUUUAGUGAAAAGUCUCACCCAAAAGCUAUUUAUACAAGUAGAUCAUUAAACUCUUACAUUUCUAAACGUUCAUUUAUAUUUUCUAAACGUUCAUCUAUAUUUUCUAAACGUUCAUCUAUAUUUUCUAAACGUUCAUCUAUAUUUUCUAAAUGUUCAUCUAUAUUUUCUAAAUGUUCAUUUAUCAAUUCAUCAAACGGUAUGUACUUGAUAUUUUAA